AUGCCACAGCAUCCUGGUGGAGUUAUGGGCCCACCCUCGAGACCGGUUGAUAAAAAUAAGCUUGAUGGGUUAGAUCCGUUGGACGUAUUGGGAGGAACUGGUAUCGAUCUUGCAGAGGAGGAACAAUACACAUUUCAGCAGUACUCGUCAUCGUUUAAUGCUCAAGGCUCAAGGUCACAUCCAGGCAAUAUUUCGGCGGGUCACAGCUUUACACAAUUUGCACCUGGGAAUCAAGGAUCUUUUUACGGCUCUGGUCCCGCUAAUCAACCUGGUGAGGCCCCAAAUGCUAAGUCACAAGAGGAUUUUGAGAAAAAGGCUGCGGAUAAAGCCUGGCAUGAUGCAGCUCGUGAUUUAGCAGUAUCGAGGCAAAGAGAGUUGAAUAAUCCAUUCUUGAACGUUGGCCACGUUCAUAAGAGAAUGGAGAAGAUUGCGCAUGACAAUGGUCUUGGUUUGAACACAGAUGCCAAUGGAAAAAUGGGAACCAUGAAACUACCUGAACAUUUUCCAGAACCAAAUGUCAAAGUACAAACUGCGGUGGGGCCAGAUGGAGCCAUCACUGCAACGACUGGUUUCUUCGUUCCGGCCGAUUCUUUACUAGUUGAUCAGCUUGCGCUCAUGUCUAUCUCUACCAAGCAUCGUCUUCGUGGAUUAUUGGAGGAUGCACUCAAGUUAGCUAUAGGCCGACAAACAAGUUCUCAUGCUCAAAUUAAGGAUGAAUGGGCAGAUGUUGCUGUACAAGCGAUCAAACCUAGUGUUUCUACCAUUGUCAAUGAAGGCGGUCCACGGAUUGGAUGGGAGAGUUCUGUCAGCCCUCUCACCAACCCUCUUAAACGCCCUCUCUCGGCUGCAGGUAGAUUACCUACUCCAGUAUCAGAUAGCGCGAAGACUCAAACAAAGUCUUUUGCGAAUGAUGUUGCAUUAACUCUUCGAAAAGCUGCUAGUAAAGAGCAGGAAGCUGAGGAGGCGAGGCUACGAAAACGUAAGGCUCGUGAGUCUGGUGAGGGAUCUCGUGCUGGGUCAAUAAAUCCGGGUACACCAGGUUCUAUGGCUCCGGAUAUCCUUGAUAAACCACCCACCAAGAAAGAAAUGAAGAAGAAAGCAGAGGCAAAAACUAGUGAGGCCGCAAGCCACGCAGCAGCCAAUGUAACUACUACACAAUUCUUGGGUGGUAGAAAUGUGUUUGGAAAGAAGAAGCAAUACAGUUGGAUGACGGCUGGCGGAUCUGGGAGUGGUACAAGUACACCAGGUAAAAUCAUGACACAAGGUCUUGGUGCUUCUGUUGGUAGCCCAACAGCGAAUCCUGGGCUGGAAAAACUCACGACAGAUGGUGUACGGAGAUUAGGAGCUUGGCGAGAAGAUGGUGUCAAGGGACGUAAUAUCCAGCUCCGAGAUUGGAUUGUGGUUCUUGAGGAUGAUGGUAGGGAGAAAAGGGCAUUACAAAAGGCAUACGCUCAGGUUGACGAAGAUCGAAAUGCCUAA